UUCGCCGUUUAAUUCACACCUUCUGAGUACCACCUUCAAUAUCCGAAGAAUUUCUACAUGCGAAGUAAAAAGUUGGAUAUAACAUGGCUAAAGGUGCUUUGCUAGCCUUAUCAGCGCUAUUAGCUCUCUGUGUUGCCACUCUAUGGAAACCAUUGUUGCGUCGAGCAACGGUGCUUGGAUUUCUCAGGUCCCAAGAAGAGUUUCGGAACAUCCAUGGAGAUAUAGCGCCUCUCAAAAUUUCAAAUACAGUUCACUGUGAAGAUCUGCACUACCAUGCUGAGUCUGGAAAGCUAUAUACAGCGUGCGAGGGUGUUGAACAUACAAGACGCCACUGGUUUCCACCUUUAGGCCAUACCGACAGACAUGACCAUGAUGGCCAAGGGAUGAUUGUGGUGGUUGAUCCAAUAACAUUGGAAGCCACUGAACUCGCCCUGACUGGGUUCACGGGGCAUUUUGUCACGCAUGGAAUUGACAUUUUUCCUAGCGAAGAUGGGCGAACAAUGACAAUAUUUGCUGUCAACCACUUACCAAACCCAGAGUACGGCGAAUCGCAAAACGAAAGCGUCUCACUACAGAAAGCUCGCUCUCAGAUCGAGGUUUUCAGCCAUACCAUCAACAGCGACACCGCUGUCUGGAUUGGAUCAAUCAGACAUGCUCGGAUUCGAACUCCUAAUGACAUUUUUGCGACCAGCCCAACGUCUUUCUACGUCACAAAUGAUCAUUACUAUCGUGAUGGACGAAUGCGCUUCGUUGAGGAUCUGCUUGAAUACAACACUGGAGCCUGGUCAGACGUUUUACAUGUGGAUUUCGCGACCGACACUGUGGAUGCUCUAACUGAAGUAACAGUCACCAACGGUCUGGCCAAGGUCCACAACCCAAACGGCUUGGGCCAUACGACUCGUCCUGAUGAAGUUCUCCUUAGUGAUGCCAGUGGUGGUGACCUGCUCGUCAUGGGAAGGGAUCUUGCCAACAACACCUCAAAAGCACUUACCCUUCGCUCUCGCAUUCAACUCGACAGCACGAUUGACAAUCCCAGCUACUACUACGAUCUAUAUGCAACCGCUGGGAACAAUGCAAGCGGAUAUGUCCUUGCGGGACUACCAUUUGCCCACACCCUUGGGCAAGCCGCCAGAACUGUCGACGUACCAAUACCGACAAUGGUUUGGCACGUUCGAGAAAACGCUAUAGGCAACCAUGACAUAAUGAUGAUAUUCCAGGAUGAUGGAAAGUUGUUGAGAAGUGCUAGCACGGCAGUAUUGGUGGGUAUUAAUCCCGCCUCCAAUGGCGGAAAAAAGCAGGCUUGGCUGUUUGUCACGGGUUAUGUAUCUGAGGCAAUGGUUGUCGCCAGGGUGAAUUUGUAGAUGUUAUAACAUGCCGGCAUUGCAUGACAGAAGGGG